AUGCUUACAGGUUGCGUGCUUCAACACUGUUCAGUGUGUAAUGGGACUUGUUUGCGGUGCAGAGAACAGUUCUUUGGCGAUCACUGCCAGAAGACGUGCGGUCCCUGCAAGGAGAGUGAAAUCUGUCAUCGAGUGACAGGUGUUUGCACACGUGAUACCUCUUGCGAUGUCAGUAUACCUUCUUUGUGGAGCUACAAUUGCGCAUCAUGGAGUGGUCAGUGUGUCGACUGUGAGUCGGGAUGGCAUGGAGAAAACUGUACAAAAUCCUGCCAGGACUGCACCGAAGAUGGCUGCAAUCAGACCACGGGCAUUUGCAAUGAUUGCAAAUAUAAUGCCUGGGGGAAGUCGUGUGCAUUACUUUGUCCAGGCAAUUGUAUAACUGGUAACAAAACUGAGUCUGCUUGUCAUCGAAGCACUGGAGAGUGUUUUGAUGGCUGCAAGAUCGGCUGGUGGGGUGUUAAUUGUACACAACCCUGUAGCAGCGGGUGUUUGAAUAAAAAUUGCAGUGAUCGGUGUUUCAAUAGAACAUGCGAUCACGACAGUGGAAAGUGCACUAAUGGAUGCAUCAUUGGCUAUUAUGGUGAUGUGUGCAACAAGAUUUGCAGUGAAGGCUGUUUGAAUAAGAAUUGUCGGGCUGAUGGAACCUGUCUUGAAGGCUGCAAACCUGCCUUUACUGGGAAAUAUUGUUCACAGUGUGCAAUAAGCUUUUAUGGAGAAAACUGUACAAUGCGGUGUGGUGCUGGAUGUGCUAAUCACAGCUGUGAUGAAAAUGGCACAUGCAGGUGUCUUCCAGGAUACACUGGCAAUAGCUGUGUCUCAUUGCGUCACUGUAGCAAUUCUAAUGAUACAUCAUUGUACAUAUGCAUUGCGCUUGCUUCUCUUCUUGCUGUCGGAUUCUUAAUUUUUAUAGUUUUCAGGAUUCGUGCAAAGUUACAAAAUCAACAUUUAUCCAACGUUGAUGACAGUACACGAAUACCUUUGAGACAACCUGAUACAGAGACUGACAAUAAAUCAAAUACGACCAAAAUGGGCUCCAGUACUGCGGUGAUGCAUUUGAUCAAAAACAUGCUAAGUAAAAAUCAGCCUGCUAGCAGAAAAAGAACAUUUAGCGUUUAGAAGAAUUUGUGGAUGACAAAGCAAAUGGACUUACAACCUGUACAUAAAUG